UGGAUUUUCUCUCUCCUCUCUCUCCCGGCCCACACUCUCUUCCCUCCACAACCAGUCAUCCACUUCCCUCCUUUAAGUGGCGCUCCUCUCGUCCCUCCUGCUUCUGGUCACAAUCAUUAUUGCUCACACCCACCUUCACCAUCACAACACACAACAACGUUCUCAAUCAUCCUCCAUCUUCCAUGGCCAAGAAAUCGCAUAUCCUCCCUCCUCUCCUCAAGCCUCCUCCCAGAAAGCAUCCAUGGCACUUCUUUCCUCCUUGUGCUUUCUCCACUAAGACCCUCUCCUUCCGCGCUAGCGACGACAUCUUUAGAACCGUCAACUCCGUCUUCUUCGACCCCGUGGAGACGCCCGACCCUUGGUUCACGACCUCGUCCGAAUCUGCGGUCAGCUUCACGACGGAGGAUGAUGAGGAUAGAGACGCGUGCACGGAGGAGUCCCUGGAGAUGGUGGUUCGAGGCGUGAGGUCGUCUUCGAGGGAGUCGGAGAGGCUGUUCUUCGACCCGGACGACACGAGGUCGAUCCUGGAGCAGGCGAAGGCGGGAAUGGGGUUUCCGUUCAAGGAGAGCGAGGUUCUAGCGAUGGAAUCGGAGGAUCCGUACGGCGAUUUCAGGAGAUCGAUGGAGGAGGUGGUGGAAUCGCACGGCGUUAGGGAUUGGGAGGGAUUGGAGGAACUAUUGGGAUGGUACCUGAAGGUGAACGGGAAGAACAAUCACGGCUUCAUCGUGGAGGCUUUUGUGGAUUUACUUGUGAGUUUACGGAAGAAGAAUUAUCCUGUUUCUGAUCCUAAUUCAGAUUCUCCUUCUUCUACCUCUAAUUACUCUUCUGCUAUCUCUUCCUUCUCGUCGUCUUCUUCAUUGCGCGUAUCUCAUUCUCAGGAGGCUCUAAAUGAGAUUGCUGACGAGGAUGAUUGUUAGCGUUGGUGUCUAGGCAGCGAUUAAUGCAUUGUGAUUGUAUAUUUUGUAGACUAUUAUAAGAUAAAAUUACUAUAUUAGUCACAACCUCAUGCACCCCCUCAUAGUAUCUUCGGCAUUUUUGAGGUAGACCAAUGUAUAUUAUGUAGUUUGCAUUAUUAAGUCGUGAGGGUGAGGGUCUGAGGAGUGAGAGAAAAAAAUGAGGAUCGCGACGGUGAUAUGGUAAGAGAGAGUG